AAAAGCAGGAGAUUUGGUGCUCGCGGGAAAGCAGAAGGGGUCUAAAAUCUUGAGACUUCCACCUAGCUGUUAGUGGACAAGAAAGGGGAGGGGCCCAUUGCAACAGGGACACAUAUUAGAAAGAGGUAUAUCUAAAACAACCGCUUGCGAAUAAUCUACCACCGAGAAAGGCGUACCACCUGAAAACUCGACGCAGAAAACCUGUCUUGGUCUUCAUUGGUCAGCGGUAGUCCGUGGCGACAUAUCUAAAAUGGCGGACAUCACAAAGAUAAAGAGAGAGCCCCAAAUGAAGGCAUCUAUCAAUCAAGCUCUAGUUGAGUCUGGUGAACGAGAGAGGUUGAAAGAAUUACUGCGUACAAAGUUGAUAGAAUGCGGCUGGAGAGACCAACUUAAAGAUUACUGUAAAGAAAUCAUCAAACAAAAGGGACUGGACAAUGUUACAGUAGAAGAUCUUGUUAAGACGAUCACCCCCAAAGGGAGAGCUCUUGUCCCAGAUGAAGUAAAGAGAGAGCUGUUGCAGAGAAUUCGCCAGUUCCUUGCUGAGAAGCAAUAAUGAAAACCAGAGACAUUAGAUCAAAAGACCAUAUUUCUAGUCAUACAUACCUCCCUUUAUGCUUUGACCUUAUACUGUCUUUGGUGAAGGGAGUACCUAAGGUGCAAUAGAAGCUACUAUAUCAAAGCUCCCUCUAUGCUUUGACCUUAUACUGUCUUUGGUGAAGGGGGUACCUCAGGUGCAAUAGAAACUACUACAUCAAACGUCCCUCUAUGCUUUGAAACUUCUGCUGUCUUGGAAGUGAGGGAAUAAAAACAGUAUCAUUUCUUCCUUAAGUUAUCAAUAUCACCUUAGACAUAGCAUAUUAAAAAUACUAUUUUCCUGGAAUUAGCCACUGCGAUUACCUUUGAGCUGUAAUAUAUAUUUUACCCUCUUGGAUAUUUGUUGUUCUAAUAGAUUAUUUUAGUUUUACAAAUCUUGUCAUUCAAACAAAAAUUAAUUUCUUUUGCAGUUAAAAUGCUUAUUUUGUCGUUCGAUACAUUCGCAUCUCCAUUGUUUUGUAUAUUGUAUAGUUUUGUAAGAAGUGCAUUAAUAAAGAUCUAUUUAUUUGA